AUGGGAAGAGACAAAGGCACAAAAGCUGCAGGAGCUACAGAGGAUGGAGGAGCUCCAACCUUGCAAGACCAGAACUUCUACAUUGAUAUGGCUCCACUCGAGUUCACCAGAGAGCAACUCGUAGGGCCCAAGAGCGGCAUAACUCGGUUCGCAAGAACUCACAUGAACAAACAUGAUCUCGCCGGUCUGGAACUUGGCCGAAGGGAUGUGAUUUCGAUGUGGUGGCUCAACGCGGGAAAGGUUUUCCCUAGAGGUGAUCCCAAGCGUGAGGAGAUCAUGGACCAGGUAAACAGCCCUCUAUUCCACGAAUUCUGGGCUAGACACGCCCACGAUCCGGAGUACAAGGACGAGUCUCGAGCCUUUCGGAGGGUCGAGCGCGUCGUAUCCCGCGAAGAAACUCAACGAUAUCCAGGCUAUCUUAUGAUGGAGAGUGAUAGUUUGCAAAUCUUGGUGCCCAGAAUUCUGAGUUCUGCCAUUCAAUACAUCACCUUCAAGGAAAUGGUCCGCUGGGUGCUGGAGGCGAACCUGCAUCAAAAAAUCGAGCGCUCUGACAUGGUGAGCCUAUGGGAUGCGAUAAUAUACAUCAUAUACCACUUCGAGUCCUCUGCAACCCAGGAAAAGAAGGUUCGUGAGAGUGAUGAGGUCAACAGCUUCACUCUGGAGGAGUAUGAGCAAAUUGUCAAUGAGGUCCGAGAAAUGGCGGAAGGCAAUGGGGGUCUUGCCCAAGGCCACAAGCGCGUACACUCAACAACUCGCGAUAAAGACAAUGAAGAUGGAGCCGAGCUUGACAAUGGAACCUCCUCAAGUAAGGGCCUCAGAAAGAGGAGAUCACCCAGUCGUUCGGCUCCUAGUAAGGAUUCUGUCUUACCGUCAAUAGAAUCCCCUUCUUCUCCGCCACAAUCUGCUGGUCUGCCUCGGAACCCACCUCCAAAAGUCGCCCCACCCACCAAGAAGUCGCGCGCAAAGUCUCCGCCCACCACCAAGCCCAAGGAGAAGUCGGCCGGACCGAAGGUCGAGAAUCAGCUGGAGAAAGAGCACAUGGCAAUCCAGGGUGCAAGGACGCCUGGUAACAAUCCUUCUUGA